AUGCCACCUCAUCUUUCUGCAGCCCAGCCAGGACAGUGCGCGCUUCUACUGUCACAACAUUGGCCACUUAACCCGGCAUCGUGGGAAGCAAAAGGCGAAAAGAUGAUGACCCUGAAAGAUUUCAUGGCCAAGUCCCUCGCGGGCCAUGUCAGCGAGGGGUUGAUCAAGAAGUUAGAGGCCGAGGCUGGCUCGCAGAAGGACGCCGGAGGGGAGCGCGCAAUAGAGGUCAUCGAUACCAUUCUGGUCAGCGCAGAGCUCACACUGCCCGACAUCUCAGCACUUCGGCUUGUCAAGUCGCUCCUGGAGGCUAGCGGCAAUGGUCUCGACUUGUGCAAUUGGCUGUUGACUGAAACAGAAAAACCAGCUUCAGCAGAGAACUUCUUUCGACAUCUCAUUCCACGCGCAAACAUCGACAAAAGGUUCGAUGCUCAGGGCAGGGUGGCGGCCUAUCGUCUACGGUCUCGCUUCUUCCGCGCUGAGCCACUCGCUGCCAUGAGCGUCCUGAUCGGCGAAUUUAGUCUCAGCGAGCCAGCUCGAACCGUCGCGGUGCGCAUGCUGAGGGUCAUGGGCCAAGAGGGGCUUGGUGCCGGGGAGAGCGAGCUUGUUUCCCGGGUAAGGGAGGCGUCUUUCCGCGAGACUACGACAACACCAUUGCCUAGCGACGAGGAACUCGAGGCUGCUGCCGACUUCAUCAGAUCGUUGGCGUCCCUCUGCCGCGUCGCCGAGGAACCCGAAGAUGUGCCUCAGCUCUACAACAAAAAGUACCGGACGGUGCAGAGUAUCACACGGGAAGGGGUCGAUGACUUUACCGACGUGAUCACCGAAACCGGCAUGACCAAGGACCGCGCCUCUAGUGUACAUGACAAAGCCGAGCGGAUCGACUGCUGGAAUGACCACCUUUGGCUUGCCCUGAUGGAAGCCCGGCAGCGCGGCGGCAUCCCCAUCACACCACCAGAAAAAGUGCCGGAUAAGACCCCCAAGAGGAACGUCGGCAGAGAACACAACAAUCUUACCGACAUCUUCCUGCUCCAGGACGAGACCUGCGAGACAUGUUGUUCUGUUACCGGCUUAUCGGCAUACUUUGCCGAUCUCAUGAAUCUUUUGAGUGCCACGAGAUGCAAGCCGGAUGAAAAGCAGACGCUCCUGGACGUCCUUGGAAAGCGCCGGCCCGACCUAAAGUACCUCGAGUUGACCUGCGCCAACUCGCAGACCCUGAUUCCCUACAUCAGUCUGGUGAACGAAACACUCGAGUCAUUCAUCCGGCACAAGCACAAAGGUCUCGCCGUCUUUAACACGCCAGCCGACACCGACAUGCAGGACUACAGCUGUGGCAACGAUGAUGACGGCGAUGACAAACCCAUUUACCUACCCGGAAACACCGAUACCGAGAUCUACUCCGCAGUCAUCUCGCAACAGAUGUUCCCCUUCCCAUGUUUCCCCUACAACCAGGCGCGCGACGCUUCAGCGCAGAUCCUCGGUAGUUUCAAGGUCGGCAUGGCAGAGCUCGUGGAAGUAUUCCGCGCUCCGGAGAAGAUUCUUCAGCGAGUUCCCUCAGCGCAGCGGAGCGGCGAGACAGAGGCGAGACUGACGCAAGGGAUCACCGAGGUGCUCGCUCGACAGCAGGCCGCUGAAAAGCUUGGGAUGCAACAAGCUGAGUUCGUAGCCAUCACAGGCGAGACUUUCUUCCCACCUUGGGUAGCCGACCUCAUCCGCGGCCUGGCCAGCGAUCUACGCAUCGACACGGCGUGUCCGUGGACAACAGCAAAGUUGUGGGGAUACGACAACACAACAGACAUGAGAGACAGGGAAAGCGGUCAGGGUCUGUCGUUCAUCAAGCGGCAACUCAUGCGGCGGGCGGAUUUAGAGUUCCAGGACGUCGUCGAUCUCGUCAACACACGGUCCUUCAACCAGGAUUUGGUCAUCACCAACAGGACCGGGUCCGAAGUGUUUGACAGCGCCAUCGAGAACCUGCGCUUGCUGUGCGGCUCCUCAACGCCCUCUUUUACCGCCCUCACCGACGAGGUGUGCUUUCGCCUUCAAUCUUUCUUACGUCUGCGCGCCAGGCUAGGGUGGUCGACUCGCAACCUCGACGCAGCUAUCCACUGCCUGCGGACCCGCGAGAUGGAAUCUGCCGCGUCAGGAUCAGGGUCCGCCUUAACGACGACGACAACCGGCUUGACAAUAACACCAGCAGUCGUCAAAGGACUCGCGGCUAUCGUACGCCUGAGCUCCAUAUCAGGCUUUGACGCCAUGUCACUGCUGCCGCUAUGGGGAACCAUGGACGCAUACGACACCUCGUCGUUGCUGUACCGGACCUUUCUCACACCCGCACUGGGGCAGAUCUCUCGAGCCUCCCAACGCCCCGCAGACGGACGUGUCUUUCUCACCAACAAGUCCAAGACACUCCUAGUCUCAGAGAAGAUGGCCUUGUGUACCGCACUGCGGUGGCCCACCGAGAGGUUCAAUGACCUCUUGAAGAUAACCGGACUAGAUAAACCCGCCGUCGGCAAGGUGGUCAACUUGGAUGUAGAUGCCGUGUCUCAGCUCUACCGGCACGUUCUACUCUCUCGCAUCUUCUCCGUCACGCCCGAUGAUGCCCCGCGGUUUUUCAGGCUGUUCUUCGACAAGGGCGUCGAGACUGGAUGGGCAAACCCGCUGGAGAAUCCCGUGGCCACACUAGUCGCCGUCGAGAAGUGGAAGAAGCUAUUGGAGUCCCAGUGGACGGUGAAGUCCCUCUCGAGUGUUGUCGAAUACGCAUCUGGCGGCAGUGAAAAGGGGAUUGGCAAUGAGGAUGCCAGCGCGAUGGCCUCGGGUCUCAAGCUGUUGUCAGUCAUUUCGCAAGGGGUCAGGGAUAUAGAGAAGUCGCUCCCGUUUCUCUCCCCCGACGGCCAUGGGAUACCCAGCCCCGAAAACGCGAGCGAUUGUGCUGCGCGGACCUUCGAUUCGGAGACGGCGACCAUCAUUCUCGGUUUCGUUGAGGGAACCCAAAUACAAUCGACAACCGUUCCCCUCAAGGACAAGGAUGAGCUACAAGCGCUCGUGGCAGCGUCUCACUCAUGGACGAAAAAGAUCGUUGUUUCCCCUUCGCAUGGCAAAGACGGAACCUCCGGGGCCGACAUUGAGCUCAGCGGUUUGCUCAGCAGCGCCGAGCACAGUUGGCUAGAUAAACUCGUUACCAAGCCGGAAAAUGUCAAGGAUCGACUGCAAGAAUUGGUGAAGAGGUCGGUGAGACCAAGACAACUACUAGCAUCCCGCUUCGACUGCACCGACGCCGAAAAGCAACGGGCCCCUGAGGUCAAGGCCUUGUUUGAGGACGCACAAGAAGACGGAAGCGAUAUCCAGGCCCAGUUGCUUCUCCGAGAGCGCAGGCGUGCUUUCAUUAACGUUGCGGGCCCAACUAUAAUCCGGGACGACCUCAACUCCCAUAUUGUCGGGGCGGUCAGGGAGCUGGUACCCGAUGUUGACGAGGCCUCUAUUCCUGUUCUCCUAUCUAACGAGGUGCGAAACGGGUCAAGCGAGCCCAUGUCGGCCAUGGCGGUUCUUGAACGUUUGGCCAACGGGUUCAGCAACAGCAAAGUUCCCGCAACCAGUACCCCUGAAAAGGAGGAGAACCUCGAUGUGUACAUGCAGUUCAUGGCCGGCGCGUCAGCUGACACCUUCACCUUCUCGUAUGACAACGGCAACAAAGGAGCACCAUCCCCGCUUCCAGAGCUGUCCCUGGAUGGAGUGGUCUGUGAAUCUGGUGAGGUGACCGGCAGCUGGAAACCUCUGAAGCUCGCUCCUGGUCGGGCGCACCGCCUGCAGGCCAACUUCCCCUCCUCUCAACUUCGGUGGUCGACUCCCAAGUCCCUCGCAUUGACCCCCCUCCCUCUUUCGGAUGGCGGCGACACGAUACAGUUCCUUCCAGCAACAAAGGUGUCACUGGCGUCUCGGGUUGCUGCGGCAAUGAAGCGUAUGGGGGGCAUCUGCAAAACCCUAGGCCUCACGCCCAGUGAUGUCGAGUAUGUCGGAUCUAAGCCCACGGCCACAAGUAGGUCGACGACGCCAGGGUUUCCACCCAUUCUGUCGGUGGACUUCAAUGCUCUCGCGCCCAACGACUUGAUCCGGCUGAAGCAGUACUGCGAGCUCCGAGACGCGCUAAAAUCCAGAAGACAACCGUCCUCAUCCACAUCCAACGUUCCAGACGGAUUCCACGAACUUCUCGAGUGGCUGUCCAAGAACCCACCCAGCAAUGCCAGCAGUCCGGAAGCGGUCGCUGCCAAGAUCGCCGACUGCACCGGGUGGGACUUUGCUCGAGUAGAGGCGUUGAUCGAGCAGAAAUACCUGCGGCACAGCGGUGUCGAGGUGGUUCAGGAACUGCGCAGCCUAGAUGCCCUGCUUGCCAUGCGAGCCAUCAUAGCCCUCGACAAGAGGCUCGAAGCCGCCGCCGGCCCCAGAUCCAGGCCGUCCAUGGCGGUUCUCUUUGGCCUCGCGCAGCCGAGCCUAGUACUGGCCAACACGGGCCUCGCCGACGCACAGCUCGCCCGGGAUCUGCAGGCGAGACUGACUCCGUCGCAGCGGGCGACGGCGGACGAGGGCCUGAUGGAAAACCAACGUCGAGCGCUGGUGCAGUACCUACUGCAGGACAAGUAUGUCUCCGGGGAGCUGGGCAUCUGGGACGCCGACGGCCUGUUUGUGCACUUCCUCAUCGACGUCCAGAUGGGCCCGCAGCUGCGUACCUCCCGCAUCAAACUCGCCAUCUCCGUGGUCCAGUUGUUUGUACAACGGUGCCUCCUCGGGCUGGAGAAAGGGGUUGGCAAGGGGAGCCUGGUCCGCGCGGACUGGGAGUGGCGCCAGCAGCACAGCCUCUGGGAGGUUCACCGGAAGCUCUUCUUGUACCCGGAGAACUGGGUCGAACCGACGCUUCGAGACACCAAGAGCGAGUUGUUUGAGCAGUUCGAGGCCAGCCUGAUGCAGAAGAACCUGAGCGUCGAGACCUUCACCCGUGCCAUCAAGACGUACGUUUACGGGCUUAACGACAUUGCUCGCCUCGAAGUGGUGGCCUACCUGCGGGACGGCGCCGGGUCUGACGAUACGUACCACAUCUUUGCCCGCACCCGUGCCGCUCCUUACAGCUUCUACCACCGCAGCCUCCUGGUGGCUCAACCGACCCAGAAUGGCGGAGCCGUCUUCUGGCGGCCCUGGACGAAGAUCGACAUGGAUAUCCCCUCCCCCGAGACCGACCUAGGUGGGACACGGCUGGACCAGACAGGCGCCCACAUGAUUCCUAUUGUCGCAGGCAGCCGGCUGUAUCUCUUCCUUCCACACAUGGCACCCAAGACGCUCCCAGAUACAGACGGUGUAAUUGCACUCUCAGGCGGGACUUUCCACGACAUUGCCGGUAAACACGUGAAAGACUCAAAGCCCAAACACAUAUGGGAGGUUUCGAUGGCAUGGACGGAGCUGACGGACGACGGGAAAUGGACGCCCAAACGGGUCUCGCCGGGUUGCCUCAGCCUCAACGUCACUGCUACGCCGAGCCAGUUCCAGUUCGAUCCUUUCCAGGAAGGCAAAGGGGGAGACACCCGUGUGAACCUCCUGGUCAGCUACUCCAACAAGCCUCUGGGUGCUUUCGUUUUCCGCGAAGAUCAGAUCAGCGUCCUGGACGCGGGUGCCGUGGAAAAGAAGAAAUGGAAGCCUUUGGGCAGGCCUUUCACCCCUUCGUUCCAAACAGUCGUCAGUAAGGGCACGGUAAGCGAAGAGGGCGUAAACGGGGCAGUUUCAGAUGUUUCUGGUCAAAAGUCACUCGUUUGGCUUCCCAAGGGCUUGAAGGACGCCGCAUCGGCAGCCCAGUCCAUUAGGUGGACCCUUUCUCACAGCGGUGAAAGCGCGGACGCUCUGAGACUGCUCGGGUUGGCUGUCAGCUCGGAGCAGAGCGAUGGUACUCAAGCUAGCUACUUCAACGUGCCCAGGUCUAGGCUUGUGCCCACCGCUGACUGGUCGAAGGAGAAGCUCGGCAAAAGUAUGGACUUGGCUAGGCUGGAUAAUGCGCUUUCGAGCAGUCUCGUGCAGGCCGCCGCGGAUCGGCUCGACCCCCUGAAGUCCUUGUACAGCUAUCUGGGCGGACCACUACCGGCGGCGCUUCCCGGUAUCUUUGGGAAGCUAAGCGAUGACCCGCCCAAGUACCACGAGCUGGCCCAACCGACGGCGCUCUACGACUGGGAGCUGGGCUUGCACGCCGUCCUCCUUGCCGUCGACCGCUUCAUAGCAACGCAGCAAUUUGACGAGGCUCUCCUGGCGGCACGUCUGGUGUUCGACCCGGCCAUCGACAUGGUGCCCGGCCAGUCUUGCUGGCGCUUCCCCCCUUUCCGGCAGUACGCCGAAAAGAUUGCCAAGGAUGGAAAGGAGGGCGAUGUCGACCUCCAGGAUCUCAGCAAGGAGAUCCAUAGAGCCAUCUUGGAGCGGCGGUCUGCCGGAGCACUCGUCCACACGACCGCCCGCGGCCGUCCCCAGGCCUACAUGAAGUGGGUUGUCAUGAGGUACGCCGAGGCCCUCAUCGCCAGCGGCGAUGUUCACUUCCGCCGCGGCACCAUGGAGAGCCUGCCGCUAGCGACGCAACGCUACGUCGAGGCGUCCCACGUGCUGGGGCCAGAACCUCCGAGGGUGCCGUCCCGCCUCGCGAAGAAAAAGACCAAAGUCCUCUGCUUUGACACCCUGAAGAAGGAAGCGAUCAAGAAUGAGCUCGGUCUGCCUUUUUCGGCCGAGUUGGUGACAGGAAGUGGUGGCGGUGGCGGUCAUCGUGCGAAGGGGAGCUACAUCAUGUCUCCCUAUUUCUGUGUGCCUCUUAACCCCAAGUUCAAGGAGCUGCGUCGUCUCGUCAACCGACGGCUCCACGACCUCCGCAACUCGCUAAGUAUCGAUGGGAAGCCGGUCCAGUAUGCACUCGUCGACCCGCCCAUCGACCCGGCCGCUCUUAUCGCACUCGGCGCUCAGGGCGGGUCGGUGGCCGGGGCCAUGUCCUUGGCCGCCGGUGGCCAGCAUGGUCCGCUUCCCCGUCAACGGUUUGAUCUCCUACUUCGGCGUGCGCUCGAGUUGUGUUCUGAGCUGCGAGCUCUCGGAGAGCGGCUGGUGUUGGCCAUCGAGCGCAAGGAGAGUGAGGCCUUUGCGGCACUACAGGCGCGACACACCACGGCCAUCAGUACCAUGACGCUGGCCAUGCGCAGGAUACAACUCGACGAGGCCCGGCUCGCCAUUGACUCGCUGACCUUGCGGCGUGAAUCACACAAAUCCCAGUUGGCCUUUUACCUUGCCCUCAUAGGAGAACCGGCCACGUUGAUACCCUCCCCGACGACCCCCUGGACCGACAUCCGACAGGACAUUGCAGAACCCACAAAAGAUGACCUGCGCCUAUCGCCGUACGAAAGCUUGGAGAUGAGGCGGGCCGACGCAGCAUCGGUGCUGAACAUGGUCGCCGCAGGCAUGGACCAGCUCGUGGUUCCACUGUGCCUCAUCCCCAAUUUCGACACCAAGAUCCAGCCCAUGGGUGUCGGCAUGAGCAUGGCCCUCGGCGGGUCCAACUUCUCAUCGUCCCUCCAAGCAAGCUCGGCCGUGGUGCGGAACACGGCCACGGGCCUCCUGGAAGAGGGCAGCCGGGCAUCCCGCAAGUCCUCGCUCACCUCGCAGCUGCAGGAGCGGCGGCGACAAGCGAACUCGCUCGGACGCGAGAUCAAGAUGACGGACAAAGAGAUCGAAAUCCAAAAGACGCGCAUCCGCGCCGCCCAACAGGACAUGGACAUGCAACAGACCAUGCUAGACCACGCCACGCAGACCGAGGCCUGGCUCCGCACCAAGUACACCAACGAGCAGCUCUACGGCUGGAUGGAAAAGUCCCUCCGCGCUUUGCACGCGAGCGCAUACGAAGUCGCCGCCGCCGCCGCCCAGCGCGCCGAAGCAGCCCUCGCCUUCGAGCAAGGCCGCGACCUCAACCUCCUCCACCGCGGCGGCGGCGGACAGGGCUCCUGGCAAGGAACAGGCCUCCUCGCAGCGGACCACCUCUACCAAGACCUCAAGCGCCUCGAAACAACCAGCCUCGAGACCCCCCCGCACGACUUCGAAAUCACCAAGGCCGUCUCCCUCCGCCAAGUCAACCCCAAAGCCCUGCUCCGCCUACGCCUAACCGGCACCACCACCUUCUCCCUCCCCGAGCUCCUCUACGACACCGACUUCCCCGGCCACUACAUGCGGCGGAUCCGCAGCGUCGCCGUCUCCAUCCCCGCCAUUUUGGGCCCGCACACGGGCGUCAACGCGACCCUCACUCUCCUCAGCCACAAAUACCGCACGUCGGCCAGCGCCGCCACGGGCGCCGAGUACAGCGGCGCCGACCGCAGCGCGUUCCGCACCGAUAACGUCCCCGUCGCCGCGGUCGCCGUCAGCAGCGGGUCGCACGACGCGGGCGUGUUUGAGCUGGGGUUUGGGACCGGGGCCCGGUAUGCGCCGUUCGAGGGCGCGGGCGCGGUGUCGACGUGGCGGUUGGAAUUGCCGCCGCUGGGGAUGGCGCGGUUUGACUACGAGACGAUUAGUGAUGUGGUGCUGCAUGUGCAGUACACGGCGUCGGAUGGUGGGGCGUGUCUGCGCGCGGCGGCUGCCGAGGCGGUGCAUGCGGCCGCGUGUGCGGUGCAGGCGGAGGGCCGCGCGGAUGGGUUCUGGGCGCUGUGGGAUCUGCGGAAUGACUUUCCGGGGCCGUGGCAUGCGUUUGCCUCGCGGUUGCGACCGUUGAAGGGUGUGGGUCUGGGUGUAGGUGUGGGGGAGGGCGGUGAUGAGGUUGCUGUGGCCGGUCUGCGGCUUGGGAAUCUCAAGGACCGGUUGCCGUUCUGGUCGCGCCGUCAGAAGGCGCUGCAGGUGUGCACCGUCUCGCUGUUGUCGAGGAGCGCCAUGCUUGUGCAGGGGGUGGAGGUGUUUGGCGCAGAUGGCAUCGCGUUGUCGUCGGAAGUCGGGCAGGACGAGGAGCUGGGAGACUGCACGCUGAGGACGUGGGCAGGGCUGGAUGUCCAGAACUUGGAUGGCUGGGAGGUGCGGCCAAAGCAGGGGCAGCAGCUGCUAGGCGAGAAGGAGACGGUGGUGGAGAAUGUCUACAUGAUGAUCCGCUAUGUGUUUAAAGGGGAGUGAUCCUAACGGAUGAGGGAGGUUAUUACAGGGGACGAUUCGCAGUAAUCAUGGUUGCC